CUCUUUGCUACUAAGUCUGUGAUAACGGUUUUAAACUGGCAUGAGAUUUUUCUAAAUUUUGCUAAUAAAAUAAUAGAGAUGUCUUCUAAAGCUCCAUCUGAGGCUGCGUCACACUGCAGUGCUUUUAUUAAUUACGAAAAUGCAAAUCUUAAGUAUUUAUGCUCUUCGGUGAUUCAGAAUAUGGAAUCAAUCAAACAAGAUGUAUUACAAAUAGAAAGAAAUCUGAAAAAUAUAGUACAAAAAGCUGGCCCUCUAGAAAAUCAACUUUCAGCAGUAUUGCAUACAUUACCAAAGCUAAAUGUCACUUUACCUAUGGAUACUGAGUAAUUCUUACCAUAUAAAUAUGUAUAAAACUAUCACACAAAUCACCUUUAAGCAGGCCAAUUCUGCUAAUCUUUACGUUAUAA